GUGGGUUUUGUGUUGUUGUCCCCGUUUGGAAGCCCCUCUGUCCCGGCGGCCCCUCGACUCUCCUCUGCUCUCCUGCUCUCUUCCGCUCGCACUCCCUUCCAGAGUGGGACCACUCCUGCUCCACGGGCUCCUGGCAGAUUCUGAGGCAGCACCAGUCUUUUGGGAGAGCGUCCGUCGGAAAGCCUGAAACCAUGCUGACGUUCUUGGCGCUGGCGUCGGUUCUCCUCCUGGGAAUAGUGCCCGAGCAGUCCCAGGCCAUAGUGAUUUACACCGGCUGGGAACGCCACGCCCUGCUGGGCUCCGACAUCCGGCUGUCGUGCUCCUUCUUCUCCUGGCGCUGGACCUCGGAGGACGUCACCUUCUCCUGGACGUACAGGCCCGACGGCUCCCGGGACAGCAUCUCUGUCUUCCACUACACGGGGGGCAUGGCCUACGUGGACAACAAGGGCCCGUUCAGGGACCGGCUGGAGUUCGUGGGGAACCCGGCGCGCCGCGACGGCUCCAUCCUGCUCAAGAACCUGGACUUCAGCGACAACGGCACCUUCACCUGCGACGCCAAGAACCCCCCUGACAUCGUGGGCCGGCCCUCCAGCGUUCGCCUGCUGGUCUUCGAGAAAGUGCCCAUCCAGGCUGGCGUGAUCACGGGCUCCAUCAUCGGGGCGGUGCUGGGCCUGCUGGUGCUCAUCGUGGUCAUCUACUACCUGAUGAGGUUCCUGGUGGCGCGCCGCGUCUUCAGCCUCAGCGUCAGCAAACAUGGCAAGAAAAAGAAGGAGGGAUCACAGCAGAGACAGGGCCCCGUGCCUCCCGCUGACCCCUCCAAGGUGAAGGCGGCGGCCUCGGAAAAGAAGAAGCAGGAGUCGCGCAAGGAUAAGAAAUAGGAUACGGGGAGGGGCUGGGGCGGCCUCGCCAGCCGGCUGCUCCAGCCCGUGCGCCGCAUGGCGGCGGGGGCCCGGUCCAAUCAGCAGCAGCGAACCGUAGUCAGAAAGACGGAGGGGGUCGGGGGAGGCGGGGAGGAAGGCCCGGGCCGGGUGCUGAUGACCAUCGAGCUGGAGCUGACCCGCAAGAACGGGGAGAAGGGGCCCGGCGGCGAGGGAGGGAUGGGGAGGUCCGCAGCGCCGGGCUUCCUAUCCCGCCUCGCCAACCAGCUCACCUUCAAAUAACAGGCCAAUCGGGAGGCAGGGGGGGGAGGCCAAGGGGAAAUCCAAACCACAAAACCUACUUUACACCCACCACAAUACCAACCUGAAGUCCCUGAAGAAAUGAGUCUAAUCAUAUCCGCUCCCGUCUCAGGCCGAUGCCGCCGCUCAACGGGCCCAACAUCUAAGAUGUGGGCGAUAAUCUGGUACACCAGCCGGCAGCCCCCGAGUGCUUUUGUCAGGUCAUGAGAUAUGCCAUUUGAAGCGACACCCUAUAAGAUGGCGGGGUUUGAUAACAAACAACCCAAAAAAAAGCCGCUCCCCCGGCCUUUCUGGUUCUUCUCAUUGUGAUAUCUAUCCGCCCCAAGAAAGAAAAAGAAAAAUCUCUCUCCAAGUGCGUCCGAUACGCCUCACGAGUCCCCGUGCUGCAGGGACAGGCCAAUUUGCUUUCCCCCCCCCCCCCCCCCCCUCGAAAGUGACGUGUCAAGCGCUAACGUUCCCCCCUCACACUCAUCCCCUUCCUUUCCCCCUCUCCUCAUCUUAUUUCUCUCAUUUCCUCUUCCACUGUGAAUUCCUUGACUUCUUCUUGUUCAUUCCAAAUGACGGCAGUGAUUUAUAUGCUAACUGCUCUAUCCUGUUUCUCUUCCUCUGUCACUUCCCUUCCCUUCUCCUCUUCCUCUCCGCUCCUUUCUCUCUCUCUCUCUCUCUCUCUCUCCUUAUAGAUAAAGGUCUGACUUCUCCGUGACUGCCUCCGCUCCUCUAGUCUGCUCCCUCCUUUUCUGCCCAGCCUGAUGCAACCCCCAUUAUUUCCCAUUAUCUCCACUCUUUCAAGACAGCACUGGCUGUAAGAACAGUCCCACUUCAUCACCGGCGACGGUGUCGAAUAUUUUUUUUUUUACAAGGCCUCAUCGGAGACCCCCGCCGUGUGCGCUCAUUGGGGCAAAUUGUAAAAACUUUUUUUAAAGGCCCAACCGUGCACGUAGCUUCCAAACCCGAAACACAUCCCCCGGAGUUCAGCGUCCCCUGAAUGUUCCCUCUUGGUGUUUACGACUCCGUCACACACACACACACACACACACACACACUGAGCGGAGCUGCGAGUGCACUCUGGACUUCAGAUGGAGGAAAACAGAGGCAGAGAGGCAGCGAGGAGAGUGAUAGCAGAAGAGAAAUAUGAUUCCUGCUCUCAGCCAGGCGUAGAUGGAGGUUCAAGCCCCCGAGCUCGGGGGUGAUUCAAUCCUCUCACAUUUGAGCUAAUGGAGGUUGUCGCCGUGUCCCUGCCCCGGCUAAAGGGGGGCUAUUUCUGGCCCUAUAAGAGCGUACAAGCUUACUGUAACAGCUGCACAUUUUUCAGCCAACAGGGGGAGGGAGGGAGGGAGGGAGAGGCGAGCUAGGCAGACAGUAUAUAUAUAUAUAUAUAUAUGUGUGUGUGUGUGUGUGUGUGUGGCGGCGUCUGCUGUGCUUGUUUAUGCCCGAGCACGGGGGGCCGUCCUCCGUUGACUUGGACGGCCGGCGACUGACGACCCUGGAAUGACGUCACGGCCCCCGAGGGGCCCGCGGAUGCUCUCCGGAGUCUGGCGAAAAAGAGGGGGCGGGGGCCGUGGGGCGGGGGGGGGGGGGGCUGCCUACCAGGAAGAGGUGCAGCUUCUGUGCUCUCACAGUUAUUUUAAGGUCCGGUUAAUCCGCUCACACGUUUGCCCCCCCCUCGCCAGCCCAGAGCUAAUUAUUUUGGCGCGUGCUGGUAAGCAGAUAUCUCUCUCCCUCAUCUCUCUCUCCCUCAUCUCUCUCUCCCUCAUCUCUCUCUCCCACAUCUCUCUCUCCCUCCCCUCUCUCUCUCUCGCUCGCUCCUCUGUUAUUCACCCUUCAUCUCGGCGCCCCCAUCUUGGGAUUCAUCCCCCCCCCCCCCCCCCCCCCCCCCCCUCGUGUUUACGUUCUCCCUCUCUCCCUCUCUCUGUGUCCUUCCGUCUUUGCCGUUCCUUUAUCUCUUCUUCUUCUUCCUGCCGUCCGGUGACUCUGCAUUAUUCCCCCACAGAAAAGGGCCUUAUACAAAAUCCACUCCACUCUUUGAAGUCUCUCCUUGUCGGACUUCCUACAGCUCAAUGCUCGGCUCCUCUCCUCUGUCCUUCUUCCGUCUCUACGGCCCUUCUCGUCCUCCUCCUCCUUUUACCAAACUCGGUUGACGAACAUCUGUCAGGCCGGGUUGGUCGACGAACGCCCUCUGGCUCGCCCUUCAAAGCGCCCCCCCUCCCCCCUCCCCCCUCCCCCACAGGCAUGUCCCCUGCCCCGGGCCUCUCCUUCCACUGACCCCCUUUACCGUCUUCUUUCUGCUGGUUCCAAUGCCAAAAAUGUUUUCCUCCGCCCCCCCCAACGGGCGGAGGAAGGAAAACAGGUGGACGCAAAUCCGCCUUUCAGUUCCCGCCGAAGGCAGAAAAACUCAUAAUCUAUGGCUAGCUCCUCUCCGGUCGCAAACCAAGUACGACGCGUGUUCUAUGUAUAUGUGUGUCUAUUUUAAAGAGAUUUGAUAUCAGCAAGUCGCCCUAAGUAAAGCAAAUAAUGUUUUCCAUGACAUCUUCUCAGUCGGUCGAGGAGGGGAAGAAACGUAACUGUAUUGGAUGGUAUUCGCCGUCUGACCUUGACCUAUUUCUGACCUUGUGUGUUCUGGACGGUGACUGUGUGGCCGCGUCUUUGCGCGCGCGCGGCUCAUUCCGAGUCGGAUUGAAAUCGUUCCGGUUUAGCCUCAGACUCGGCGCUACGUGGCAGGGGAAGGGGAAGGGGAAGGGGAAGGGGAGACGAAAGGUGUUCGCCGUGUAAAGGUGCUCCUUCCCCCCUGAGCCCAAGAUGGAUUGCGAUCUUCGCGUGCGUGAUAUGCAGGGUGGAUAGUGUACACUUGAACGUUCCUUUUAUGGAAUUCAUAGCGGGGAACGGAGGUGCUAAAGAAACCCACCGCGUCUUUCGUGACUGGAGAUCUGUUUCACCCGCUUCGCUGUUCAGCCGUCCGGUCGCGUGGAUCAGUUUAGAAUGUUUUCCUCUUUUUGCAGCAAAGCCACACAGACACCCGACGUGAGAGACGGCGUUAAACUGCCUUUUAAAAAAAAUAAAUAAAAGUGUUUUGUUUGUAUGUGUUAUGAACUGUAUUAGUCACAGCUGCACAGUAACAUUCCUUAUUUAUAACGACGGCGCUUCUUACUGUUUUUUUUUCCUUUUUUUCAAAAUUUGUUUUAAUGCUUGUGGUAAUUCCAGAGCACUAACAACAUUGGAUGACUCUGUAUAAUGUGUUGUAAAGAGAACGUAAAUAAAAUAAAAAAUUAAGGCCCCGAGCGCAGCUGUUAUCGACAGGAGACAAAAUAAACCCAGCUGAAAAUGUC